AUGGAUAUUGACAUCGAGGUGAGGGGCUCCAUUGUUGGAACACAGCCUCCCCAAGGGAGGGGGAACCAAAUAAAGAUAGGGUUCUUCCUCAAAGAUACACUCAUGGUCCUUGGCGCAGAUGGUAGGGUGAAAAAGAGCCAAUGCUGCUAUGAGCAGAAGACCAUCACCAUUUAUUCCUCACAAGUUAAUGACUUGGAUAGUAUCAAGCAACUGGCCUAUCGGACACUCCAUGACGACAUGGAUAUGGAUCCACAGGCAGCAGAGGAUGCGAAAUCUGAGGUUGCCACUACCAUUAGGGACAAGGUCCUAUCAAUCAGGAACAACAUCCAAUCUCUUCGGACAAUCUUACUGGAGAUCCAUGUAGAAUGUACGAUAGAGAUAAGGAAUGAAGAGGCUGAUGAACCCAGUGGCGAACAUGGCUACAAUCGGCUCGUCGAGCGCCUUGACGAUGAUAACUGUGCCAUAUGCCACAGCGAGUUCAGCUUGCCCGGUGACAUCGCCGUAACCACAUGUCACCAUACUUUUCAUCGCUUAUGUCUUUUCCAGUGGUUGUACCGUGGAACAUACACCUGCCCAAUCUGCCGAGCCGACCUGGCUCCCAUCGUUGGUGGCCCAAUUACAUUUUGA